UCCAGUUUAAUGGUGAAGCAUAUUAAGCAGCAGAGAGGAUCAGGAAGAGGAAGACCUACGAAGCGAUACAGAAAUAUAUAGGUCAAAAGCAAAAGGAGAAGAAGUCUGCCCUGGAGUUCCGCACUCUUUGGACAGCAGCACGAUCAGUUAAUGGUACCGGUACUUAUUCGCUGGCACCAAUACCACAAACAAUGGUACCACUAUUACCGGCACCAGUACCGCUAGCACCAUUGUUUACUUCCUCACAGGAGCAGGAAGGGAAGGCUACGAUGCUCCACAGCACGCCACAGAAGGCCCCGACACCGUCUCUCUGAGUCACAGCGCGCCACAGUAACACGGCAACCAUGUCACGCAGCUCCAAGAUACACAAUAGGCCUCCCAGCCCCCUGGUGGAGGUGAAGAGCAAGUUUGAUGCAGAGUUCCGGCGGUUUAGCGUGGACCGAGAAAAGUAUGAGAGGCUUGAGGACUUCCGGCAGCUGGUUGAGGACCUGCACCGACUGGCCAACACCGCCUUUGUGCUGGCCUACACCGACCCCAGGGACGGCGACCUGCUGCCCCUUACCAAUGACGACAACUUCCGCAAGGCCCUGCAGUGUGCACGGCCGCUGCUCAGGAUCAUCGUGCAGCAUAAGGGCAGCCUGGAGCACCUUCCCAAUGGGUCAUCGUCUGCCAACAAGAUGAUCCCCAGCAUUCUGUCCCCCUUCGUCACGCAGCCCAGGAACAAGCUGUCAAUAUCCUACCCUCAGGACUUCAGACAGGUCGCCGCCAUCAUCGACGUCGACGUGGUUCCGGAAGUCUGCCGCCGCGUCCGUCUCCUCAAGCACGGCUCAGACAAACCUCUCGGCUUCUACAUCCGCGACGGCACCAGCGUCCGCGUCACCCCCAUGGGCCUGGAGAGAGUGCCGGGCAUCUUCAUCUCGCGCCUGGUGCCUGGGGGCCUGGCGGAGAGCACGGGCCUGCUGGCGGUGAACGAUGAGGUGCUGGAGGUGAACGGAAUUGAGGUGAACGGGAAAACGCUUGACCAGGUCACGGACAUGAUGGUGGCCAACAGCAGUAAUCUCAUCAUCACCGUCAAGCCCGCCAACCAGCGCACCCUGUCCUCGCACACCCCAAGGCGCGGAUCAUUCUCACGCAACUCCGCCAUGUCCUCCGGCUCCCACCAGUCCCAGCACAGCGCCUCCGACGAAGACCGAUUCGACCAGGACGAGAUUCGGGACCUCACGGCUGCCGGCGACGGUUCCCUGGGGGCCAUGGGAGGGGGUGUGGAUGGGGGCGGUGUGUUGUCGUCUGCUGCUGCCGCCGCGACGCUUCACCAUGUUACGUCGCCGCCGGGGAAAGAUGAAGGAGUCUUGCAUCUAUAGGCUUAGAGAUUUGAGGUUGGAGGAAGUUGCGUUUCGCUUAUCGGGGCUGAAAAAUGGGAAGGUUGUAUUUGCCAGCGUGAAGGACGCACUUUUUUUUCAAGUGCUACAAUAUGAUGAGAAAGGUAUCCUGACCUCACACACACACACACACACACACACACACACACACACACACACACACACACACACACAGGACACACCUCAAUUUUUUAGAAUAUGAAGAACUAUCCUGGCCUCGACCACACACACACACACACACACACACACACACACACACAUAGACACACUAAGAUGUUUUGUUGGUUGUUUAAUGACUUUCAGCACAUAUCCACCACAUACUACAAGCCCAACAUGCAACAUACAGGGCACACAUAUUUUGUAUUCUUCUUUUUCAUCUUUUUCUUUUCUACUUUUUCUACUUCAUCUUUUUCCUCUUUGUCAUCUUCUUCAGCCUCUUCUACAUCUUCAUCUUUUUCCUCUUCUUUUUCUUCUUCAUCUUUUCUUCUUCAUCUUCUUCCUCUUUGUCAUCUUCUUCAGCCUCUUCUACAUCUUCAUCUUUUUCCUCUUCUUUUUCUUCUUCAUCUUUUCUUCUUCAUCUUCUUCCUCUUUGUCAUCUUCUUCAUCCUCUUUUUCCUCUUCUUUUUCUUCUUCAUCUUCCUCUUUGUCAUCUUCUUUAUCAUCUUCUUCUUUGUUAUCUUCUCAAUCUCUAAUUGAGUCGGCUGCCCUGUGUCCCGGGGUGAUGGGUUCCACAGGCUCAAGGGUCAGUGUGACAGAGAUGAGCACAGAGGCCACGUGCAUUUAUAGCCAAUGCCCCAAACUUUACCUUGCCUAUUGCUUAGUUUGGCCUACAGCUGAUGGAGCAUUCACCACCCUUGACGCAGGCUGAUUUUUUGAGUCGUAUUGUGAGCGAAAAAUAAGUGUGUCUUCCACGUUGGCAAGUACAGUAUGUUUUGCUAAGACUAGGAAAUUGGGGAUAGAUAAGGUGAAGGUUCAUUGUGUUUAUUAUGGCUGAAAACUAUGACGAUAUAUGGCUUUAUUUAUAUACAUCUCAGCGUCUCAGUUCACCCCUUUAAAAAGCCUCUUGUGGAAGUCACUGGGAUGUUCAUGGACUGUUUUGUGAUGCCAGUGAUAGCUUAACAUGACUUCUGCGUCUUGGAAGGAAAAACCGCCCAUGAAAACCCGGUUAAUCUUCUCAGUGGCCUUGGGAAAUAGUCGUAGCAGGAGCCCAAGGUGUUUAAAAAUAUGGCCCUUAGAGUGGAGGUUACAUGUCACUUAUUGUGGCUGUGGGGCUGAAACAUGGAAGAGUCUUGCAUCUAUAGACUAAGAGUGAAGGUUACGUGUCACUUAUUGGGGCUCCGGGGGUGAAACAUGGAGGAGUCUUGCAUCUAUAGACUAAGAAUGAAGGUUACGUGUCACUUAUUGGGACUCCGGGGCUGAAACAUGGAGGAGUCUUGCAUCUAUAGACUAAGAGUGGAGGUUACGUGUCACUCAUUGUGGCUCCGGGGCUGAAAGAACGUGGAGUCUUGCAUCUAUAAACACUUUCCGUCCUGGCGUUUAUGAAUCAAGGUGGAAUUUGAUGCCUUAGAGUUGCCUUAAAUUGGGGUCAUGAUUUAUUAUUAUUAUACAUAUGGUCUCUAGUACUAUGAUGGGCACUCUUUAACCCGUCCUCUGCGAUUGGCAUGGAUUUGGCUUUCACUGGUAGCCUGGUAACAUACACUCCCAGGUCUUUCUGUGCCUCUGUGGUGGAUAGUGGAGUGUUUCCCAUGUGGUAUUGGUGCACUGGAUAUCCCUUCACUGGUAGCCUGGUAACAUACACUCCCAGGUCUUUCUCUGCCUCUGUGGUGGAUAGUGGAGUGUUUCCCAUGUGGUAUUGGUGUGCUGGAUAUCCCCUCCCAAGGUGCAGGACUUUGCUACAUUUUUCUCUAUUGAAUUGUAGCAGACACUUUUUGUUCCACUCCUGUAGCUUGGUGAGGUCUUCUGGUAGGAAAUCCGCAGUCAAGGGGUUAACAUCUUCACCUCCUUUGUGGCCUUGGGAAAUAGUUGCUGUGAUGGUGUCUGAAAAUACAAGGUCCCCGGGUCAGUUUGAGAGUCCAGCACAGAGUCAUUGUAAGCGCCCACACCAAGCCAUGUUCUCCUCAAUGGUCCGUUAUUUUUACUCAAUGCCUGGUACUUAAGAGAGCUCCUGUGUGGCUUCCUAAAGUUCCCUUCUUUUUAUAUCAACGCCAAACACUAGACAAGGAAUUUUCGUAGUGUUUUGUGUUUGGUUUGGGAGCUUACAAACCUACCAUACUGGACUGUAUUGGACCCUUAGGCCAGAUUUUUAAAACAUGUUACAGGUUGAGAAUUCUUUAUCUGAGAUUCCAAAAUCCAACUACCUCCAAAAUAUGAAAGUUUUUUAAUGAUGACAUGAUUUUUAUUUUUUUAAAAUUAUUUUUACAGCUAAGGAGACAGUUCAAGGAUGUAAAGAAAAAUAUUAAAAAAAAAAGCCCGCUACUUACUGCUCCUGAAUAGAGAUCAAAGGAUGGGAAGGUUCCACCACGUUCAGCUGUUGUGUGCACUGUGCUGCUAUGCGUUAGUUUGUUGUCAGCAGUCGUCACAGUAACACCUUCCGAAACCCGCAACACUUUUGGUUGCAGGAAUUUCGGACAAGGGAUUCUCAACCUCUAUUAGUAUUUAUCAACAGUCCUGCGGCUGGUGUGGCUUUUUACUUCCAUUUUAGGACGGAGUUGUUGGUCAGAAGUGUUGGGUCUCCACAGAGUUAAGUCGACACCUUACACACUCAGUCGUAAAGUGAUAUAAAAAUGUAUUAGUAUUCAUCAACAGUUCUGUGGCUAGUGUGGCUUUUUAGUACCAUUUUUGGUCCGAAGUUGUUAGUAAAAAUUAUUGGGUUUCCACAGCGUUAAGACAACAUUUGGUUUAUUGAACCUGGCACUAGUUUUUACCAAGUCAUAUAUCUACUUUGACUCUUUACUUCCAUUUUAGGACAGAGGUGUUAGUCAGAAGUGUUGGGUUUUCACAGUUAAGUUGACAUAUGAUUUUUUUAACCUUGUAUUAGUAUUUAUCAAGUCGUGUGUCUAGUUUGGCUUUUUACUUCCAUUUCUAUGCCAGAGGUGUUUGUCAGAAGUGUUGGGUUUCCACAGCGUUAAGUCCGCACAUUACACACCCAGUCGUAUUAAGUGACGUAAAAUAAACAACAAAACCAACUCACCAUGCCUUGAAAAACAGCUCAAAAAAGACAAGCCAGCCACAGUUGUGUUGAUGGAGACUAAGACCACAGUUGAAAAUUUAUCUGAGUGUGUUUAUAUAUUCUGUAAUCUAUUGUUUUGAGAGGUUCCAGGGAGAGUAUCAGUUUAUCUAGGGUUUCUGAUCAUACAUCGAGGCAAGGAAGAGAUAGAAUGAACAGAGGAAGCGAAACAGAAUCCAAAGUAACAAUUUUAGAUAGAUAAUAACAAUAAGAAGAAAUUUAGAAUAGAGGUUGUAGGGUGUUCAGAGACAUUUUUUAAGGUUCCCAGCCACAUUAAAAACAAGAAAGUGAUGGAAUGGAUAGAGGAAAUGAGACAGAAUUGAGAAGAGUAAAGGGAGUUAGAAUAGAACAAGAAAAGAAUUAGAUUAGAAUUAGAAGUUGAAGCAAGGGAGUGA